AAGGGUAUGCCUAAGCAAAAUGAAAGCUUGAUGGUAUUUUUUUUUUUUAAACUACUGGUUACUGGUAUAGCAUUUUAAACUGAGUAGCACCAAUUUUCCCAUUAUAUAAGAUCCCUAAUUAAGAAAUACUCGAAAAUCGAAAUCCUUUGGAUAUGGGCAGCCUAAUUGGUAGGCAAGUGUGGAAUGGAAUGGGGAGAAGAUGUUUGAAUGGAAAUAGUAGGAGAUGGUACGGGCUAAUUCCGAUGGUGAUAGAACACUCUUCCCGUGGAGAGAGGGCUUAUGACAUAUUCUCAAGGCUGUUGAAAGAGCGCAUCAUUUGCAUCAAUGGACCGAUUAACGAUGACACUUCCCAUGUUGUCGUUGCUCAGCUUCUUUUCCUUGAGUCUGAGAACCCCUCUAAGCCUAUUCAUAUGUACCUCAACUCUCCCGGUGGCGCUGUUACCGCCGGUCUUGCUAUCUAUGACACUAUGCAGUACAUACGAUCUCCAAUCAAUACUAUAUGCCUAGGUCAAGCAGCUUCAAUGGGAUCCCUUCUCCUAGCUGCUGGUGCCAAGGGUGAGAGACGGACUCUCCCUAAUGCUACAAUCAUGAUUCAUCAGCCUUCUGGUGGAUAUAGUGGGCAAGCUAAAGAUAUGACAAUUCACACAAAACAGAUUGUUCGGGUAUGGGAUGUGUUGAACCAACUAUAUUCCAAGCAUACCGGACAACCGGUGGAAAUAAUUCAGAAGAACAUGGAUAGGGAUUAUUUCAUGACAGCCGAAGAAGCAAAGGAAUUUGGGAUAAUUGAUGAGGUUAUCGAUCAAAGACCAAUGGCUCUGGUAACUGAUGCUAUUGCUAAUGAGGCCAAAGAUAAAGAUUCAAGUUAGAAUUUGUGUUGUGGAUGCCUGUUUAACUAAAGAUAUGCUAUAAAGGAAAGGCUUCUACCUUUGCAGCAGAUGCUUUUUCCUGUGAAAAGAGACAAGAUUCUGCAAGUCAUCUUUUCUAACGUUGCAAACAAACAAAACUGGUUUAGGAUUUUAUCCUAAGUAUUUUCUGAGUGAACUCGGUGAUGCGACAAAGUGUGAUUUAGUGGAGCUGGAGUGUUAGAAAGUGCACAGAAGCUAGAAACUGAUCUGGAAGACCAUCCCUAUGGCAUCAUAUGGACUAUUUAGUUAGAGUGGAAUAAGAGAUUCUUUUAAGAUCGAAAGCAUCAUAUCUCUUUGUAAAAGGUAGGUGCCUACAGAAUCCGUGCUUUUGGUGUAGUAGUAGCAUGAUAUCUAGCUUAAUAUGUUGAUUUUUCAGAAUGUCGAUGUUGUUACUGCUGUGAUUGUUUCUUCUUGUGCUGUACCUCUUUGGUACUCCAUCAACAAAGUUUAGCUUAUCUUAUUUUUAAGAAGGCCCCAACUUAUUUGGGACUGUAACAUAGUUGUUGUUAGUGUUAGAGUAGGGGGUUAGGUGGGUUAAUUCUUAAAUUGGAUAUCUUUUCACAUUCGACAACUAUCAUAUGUGUUUUGUAUUUAACCCUUGUAUAUAAGUAUGCCUUGUUUCAUCAUAUGAAGACAUCAAUAUAUCUUUACUGUUUCCUUGUUAUACCUUCUUUGUCCAAACUUUUUAAAAAAUCCACGUAUUUUGAAAAGUGCUCUUCUUGAGAAGUGCUUCUCAAAAAAGUACUUCUGGAGAGUUUCUGAAGAGUAGCAGUUUGUGUAUGGCUAAUCAAUUUCAAAAGGACUUUUCUCAAUAUUAGAGCAAAAUUUGUGCGUGGCCAAGGUCCUAAAACUGCUUUGGGGAGAAGCGACUUUCUCGGCUUCUGAAAAACAACUCCAGUUACUAUUCAAUAAGCUCUUAUGUUUUUCCUAAAAGCUUGUCCAAGCACCUCAACUUUCUAAAAUAAGUACUUUAUCAACAAAGAAUAAAAGAGCACUUUUAGGGGCCAUGAAAAUUGUGAGUAUUUGAAAAAAAGUAUUUUUUUUUCCAAAGUGAAAAAUGAUAUUUGAAAAUUGGUGUUGUGUUGGGCGAUGAAUAUCAAAUGAAGUUAUUUUUGAAUUUUUAUGAGUAAGUUGGAGUGAAAAAGUGAAUAGCUUUUUGGUGUUCUUCAAAUUCCUUUUUUUUUUUUUUUAAUACCAGUAGUGUUCGGGCCAGCCUGCGACUAAUUCCACGGGAUACCUGCCACCACUCACCAGCAACCUGUACCAGGUAACUCUGUCUACCAAUGCUAGAACAGAUGAGAAGAAAUCAGAUGGUGUUUGUCUCUGUUGCGAAUUGACCUGAGACCUCCAAGCGCUCAACUCAUUGAACCACUAGGCCAAUUCCUGAAAAUUCUGGGAAGUUGAAUUCCGGGAUUUUAUGGCCAAACGUGUUUUCCGGAGUUCAACUCUAGAAAAAAGUAAAAGAAUUUCAUGGCCAAAUGCCCCCUUAGCUUCCCAAAGGCUUGGCCAAACAAGUUAUUGAUCAUUGCCAAUAAAGAAUGAGUGACAUACCUCUACCAUUUUAGCGCUAGUGGCAAUUUAAAAUGCACCGAGCUGUCACAACUCUCAAAAAUGCUUUAAAAAACUUUGUUCGGGAUGUUAACAGGAGACUUAUGGUUCAAAAGCUUCUACUUGCCCAAGACAUGUCUAACUUCCAAAUAAGAUAGAACCGUUGUUAGUAACUUGUAAAGUUGGUGUCAUUAGAAAAAAAAAAAAAAAAAAAGAUAGAACCAUUGUUCUUUUCCGGGUAAGGAGGAGAUGAGUAAUUAAAGUCAUUGCCAUAUCUUACUAUUAUGUCAUGACACUGUAAAAAAGUAGUUUGCUUGGGACAUCAACAGAUGCCAAAAGAACUGCCGCAUGCUUUUGGCUUUUAGAACUCAUUUUAUGGUUUAUUUCUAAUUUGUCAACUGAAGAUGUUUAUCCUGUGUUUUAAUUCAAAUAAAUUAGUCCUUUUUCAUGGAAAAUAUUGUUGUUCCAAGUCCUCUUUGGAUUGGUAAAAUUCUAGUACUGGUAAUUUGACAGAAAAAUGCAGAUGACCUGUUAAUGAAUCCAGUCGCAGUAGAGAAUUGAUGAAAUUUGAGAACUGUGAUGUCCAUUUUCUGCAUGUUUCGAUUCUAUUAGCACAUUCUCAGACUGGCAACUGGGGUUAUGAUAUAUGGAACUAAGAGUUACCUUUCUUGUGUCCAUUAAUGAUUGCAAUACAUCUUUAUGGAUUGGAUUGGUCUUUCUAGUGGGUAUCCUUAGUUCUCUCAUCUCUCAAACCUAUUUGUUUGAGUUUGCUGGUUGCAUGGAUCAAAGGUUAAUUUUCUUCAAUAUUUGUGGUUUUUAGUAGGCUGCAGCUCCACUUAUGGACUAGGGAGUUUAUCUUAGAUAUGAUAACCUCGUGGCACUGGGUUUUGAAGUAGAAUAUUCUGAGAACGGAACUCAGAGGAGAUGGAAUAUCUCGAUUCACAAGUAUGAAGUCGUUGAUUCUUGAUUUUGAGUUAAGGUUUUCUUUUAUGAGUGGAAAAUGCACUUCAGGGAAUCUGGUUGGUUCUAAUCCAGGUCAUGUACAAGGCACAUUCUUUGUUAGGAAAUUAAGAUUUAUCUAGAAACUCCUAGUUAGUAGAUAUUUUUAUAGUUAAAACUCCUAGAUAUUAGAUAUUUUUUGGAAUAUGUUCUUUUAGAAUAUUCUAGUGUAGUCUCUUGAAUAAAUAUCUUGUAGAAUUAUCUAGAUAUUCUAGAGUAGUAGAAGAUAAGGAUCACUAGAUUUUUGUUAUAGAUGUAUCUAGAAGGAUAUCUAGAGACUAGAAUCAUCCAUGGACAAGUAUAAAUAGGAGGCACAUUGUGCAUUUGUAUCCAUCCAGAAAAAUAGAAAACACUCAAAAAAGUUUUAGCUUCUCCUUCUUCACUACAGUCUUUUUUGUAGCAAUUUUCAACUGCAUUAUUUUAAUUGUUUCAGCUUGUUGUUUCCCAAUCCCCCUUUCCCUUCUUCUAACAUGGUAUCAGAGCCCAUUUCUUACAGGAUCUGAAUCUGUUUUUUUGUUGAUUGGCUCAUCUUAUUUUUAGCUUCUUUUCUUGGAUCUUUUUGCUGAAAAAACAUGGCACCAGAAAAUCAACCAACAACGGGUCCUUCGAUUUUCUCGAGGGAGAAUUACCAUAUUUGGGCAAUUAAAAUGAAGGCUUAUUUGAAGGCCCUCAACUUGUGGGAUGUCGUUGAGAGAGGAGAACCUGUUGUCCAGCCAUUGAGAGACAACCCAACUCUCAGUGAUAUCAAAAAGUAAGAUGAGUUGGUGACUAGAUCUCCAAGAGCUCUCACUUGCAUACAUUCAAGCCUUAUGGAAGUGAUGUUUACAAGGAUUAUGGCUUGUGAGACAACCAAAGAAACCUGGGAUAAGCUAAAAGAGGAGUUUAAAGGUAGCAACAGAGUUAAUUCUGUUAAGGUCUUAGCUUUGAAGAGGGAGUUUGAGCUCUUGAAGUUGAAGGAUUCGGAUAGUGUGAAAGAAUACUCUUCCAAGCUGAUGGAUAUUGUGAACCAAAUAAGGAUACUUGGUGAAAACUUUUCAGAUCAGAAGGUUGUAGAGAAGAUCAUGGUCAACCUUUCGGACAAGUUUGAAUCAAAAAUCUCAGCUAUUGAAGAGUCUUGUGACUUGACUACUCUUUCAAUAGCUGAGCUGAUCUCUAAAUUGCAAAUCCAAGAGCAACGUUUAACCAUGAGAAGCGAAGGGACAGUCGAAGAUGCCUUUCAAGUAAGGCAUAAAUUCAAGCAACAAAGGAAGGCAAAAAAGUUUCUUUAGACCACUCUGGAGAGGUGAAAUUUGGUGGAUACCAAGGUGAAUCGUCGAGGAUAGGAAAAUUUCCACCUUGUGGUAUUUGUAAGAAGACAAACCACUUGGAGAAGAAUUGUUUGCAAAAGUCCAAGAGGUCUCCUAUUCAAUGCAGAUACUGCAAGAAGUAUGGGCACAUUGAGAAGUAAUGCAGGGAAAAGCAAACUCAAAGUGGUCAAUCUUCCCAAUGAGUACAUUUUGCGGAAGAGCACUAAGUUGAAAAAACAGAGGAGGAGGUAAUCAUGGCUUCAUACACAUCACAUGUUGAUCGAUAUAAUUGGUAUGUCGACAGUGUGUGCACAAGGCACAUGGCGAUUGAUGAAAAUCUAUUUGUUAGCUUGAACAGGUCUGAUAGGACCAAAGUGAAGCUUGGAGAUGGUGCACUGGUGCAAGCUCAAGGAAGAGGAUCAGUGAAAUUUCCUACGGACGAAGGUAUGAAAAUCAUAAACGAUGUUCUUUAUGUGUCAAGCUUGACUCAAAACUUGUUGAGUGUUGCUCAGUUGCUUCACAAUAAUUAUUCACUUUUAAGGAUAAAAAAUGUGUCAUUUAUGAUCCUAAAGGUUGUGAAGUAGCUAAAAUUAGCAUGAUUGGCAAUUCCUUUCCACUUUCAUGCUAUUCUACUGAAAGUUGCUCUUUCAAUGUUGAAAUGAGUGAUACUUGGCUUUGGCACAAAAGAUUCGGUCAUUACAACCUUAGUUCAUUGGUGUAUAUGCAAUCCAAGGGUAGGGUAUGGUGCUUGAUGUACCCAAAAUUGACAUAUGCCGAGAUGUUUGUGAGUCGUGUCAAUUUGGUAAGUUGCAUAGACGAUCCUUUCCUAAAGGAAGUCUUUGAUGGGCGAAGGAAAAGCUAGAGUUGGUUCAUACAGAUAUAUGUGGACCAAUGAGAACGGUUUCUUUGAGUGGGAAUAAAUAUUUUCUUCUCUUUAUAGAUGAUUUAACUCGAAUAACAUGGGUCUAUUUUUUAAGUAGCAAAGUUCAGGUGUUUUCUAUUUUCAAAGAAUUCAUGGCUAUGGUAGAAAAGGAGAGUGGCUGCCGAUUGAAGUAUAUCAGGUCAGAUAAUAGAACUGAAUAUACUUCUCAUCUGUUCAGCAAGUAUUGUAAAGAUUUAGGCAUUCAACAACAAUUUGUUGUGGGCUACACUCCAGAACAAAACGGGGUUUCUGAGAGAAAGAACAGAACCGUGAUGGAGAUGGCGAGAUGUAUGUUAGCAGAAAAGAAGAUACCCAAAUAUUUUUGGGCUGUGGCAGUCAAUACCGCAGUCUAUUUGCUAAAGAGAUUAUCAACUAGAGCACUCCAAGACAUGACACCACUUGAAGCAUGGAAAGGUAUAAAGCCGUCUGCGAGACACUUGAAAGUAUUUGGUUCGAUGUGCUAUGCCCAUGUUCCAGAUACUAAAAGAGGCAAAUUGGAUAACAAGGCAGAACUCUGUAUUUUGUUAGGCUAUAGCACAGCUGCAAAAGGGUACAAAGUGUAUAAUGUUCGUACGAAGAAGGUGCUUAUCAGUAGAGAUCUUGCGGUGGACGAGUCUAGCCACUAUGAUUGGGAUCAAGAUAUUGUUGUAACAAACCAGGAAGGGAGUACUUCAGUUGCAACUCUAAAUUCGCAAACGAGUGAUAUUUCUUCCAGUACUAUUAUUGGAAAAGAGCACAAUUCAGAUGUUGAGUUAACUUCAGAUUCUCCAGUUUUGAAGACAAGUCACUAGCUGAAGUUUAUGAGCAAUGCAAUUUUGCUCUUAUGGAACCAUCUUCUUUUGAAGAAGCAACAAGUCAUGAAGCUUAGAUUUCUACAAUGUAGGAGGAGCUUGCCAUGAUUAAUAAAAAUGAUACUUGGGAGCUGGUUGAUAGGCCCGACCAAAAGAACGUCAUCGAUGUCUAAUGGGUCUAUAGAAUGAAGUUCAAUCCAGAUGGCUCAAUCUUCAAACAUAAAGCCAAACUUGUAGUUAAAGUCUAUUCCCAGCAGCCUGGAGUGGAUUUUGGAGAUACGUUUGCUCCUGUCGCGAGGCAUGAAACAGUAAGAUUUCUAGUCGCUCUUGCAGCACAAUACAAGUGGAAAAUCUACCAUUUAGAUGUCAAAUGUGCAUUUCUAAAUGGAUUUCUUGAAGAAAAUAUUUAUGUGAACAACCUGAAGGUUUUAUAGUUGCAGGUGAAGAAGACAAGGUGUACAAGCUUAAAAAGUCUCUCUAUGGCCUUAAACAAGCUCCGAGAGCUUGGUAUAGUAAGCUGGAUACUCAUUUGCUGUCUCAAGGCUUCAACAGAAGCCUAAAUGAGUCUACUUUAUACUUCAAAAGGCAAGCUGAAGCUGAUGGGAAGUUAAUUGUGAUAUCCGUUUAUGUUGAUGAUUUGAUGAUCACAGGUGAAGAUUCUCUUGCGGUUCAAAAAGUUAAAAAUGUGAUGCUAAAAGUUUUUGAAAUGUCUGAUCUAGGGGAGAUGAAGUUCUUCUUGGGAAUGGAGAUUUUUCAAUCUUCUGAAGGAAUUUUCUUGUCCCAAAAGAGGCAUGCCUUGAAUCUCUUAAAAAGAUUCAAGUUUGAUAAGUGCAAACCUGUUACAACUCCACUUAUUGUGAAUGAAAAGUUAAUGAAGGAUGAUGGAGAAGAGAGGGUAGAUUCACAACUAUAUAGAAGCCUUAUUGGAAGCUUGUUGUAUCUGACUGCUACCAGGCCAGGCCAGAUGUAAUGUUUGCUGCUAGUUUAUUGUCUCGAUAUAUGCAAUGUCCCAACAUCAAGCAUUUUGGAGCUGCUAAAAGGGUGCUGAGGUACAUUAGAGGGCCAACAGAUUAUGAAAUUUGGUAUAAAAGUGUGGAGAAUGGAUCUCUUAUUAGCUAUUCAGAUAGUGAUUGGGGUGGAUGUUUGGACGAUUACAAAAGCAUAUUUGGCUACUUUUUUUCAUUUGGUUCAGGCAUUUUUUCUUGGAGCACAAAGAAGCAGGAUAUCGUACCUCAAUAUUCAGCUGAAGCCGAAUAUGUGGCUGCUACAUCUGCUACAAAGCAAGGAAUUUGGUUGAGAAAAAUCUUGUUUGAUUUGGAUCUUUUGCCAAAAGAACCAAUAGUGAUCUAUGUGGACACUAAAUCAGCCAUUGCUAUGGCUGAAAAUUCAGUACAAUAUGGAAGGACGAAGCAUAUCAACAUCAGAUUCCAUGCUUUACGAGAUUUAGAGAAGAAUGGUGAAGUUAAGCUGGUGCAUUGCAGAAGUGAAGAACAACAAGCCGAUAUUCUACCUAAGGCUCUUCCCACAAACAAGUUUGAGUUUCAAAGGUCGAUGCAGGGAGUUUCAAUGAAAAAUCUUAAGGAGGAGUGUUAGGAAAUUAAGAUUUAUCUAGAAGCUCCUAGUUAGUAGAUAUUUUUGUAGUAGAAACUCCUAGAUAUUAGAUAUUCUUUGGAAUAGGUUUUUCUAGAAUAUUCUAGUGUAGUCUCUUGAAUAAAUAUCUUGUAGAAUUAUCAAGAUAUUCUAGAGUAGUAGAAGAUAAAGAUCACUAGAUUUUUCUUGUAGAUGUAUCUAGAAGGAUAUCUAGAAUAAUCCAUGGACAAGUAUAAAUAGGAGGCACAUUGUGCAUUUGUAUCCAUCCAGAAAGAUAGAAAACACUCAAAAAUGUUUCAGCUUCUCCUUCUUCACUGCAAUCUUUUUUGUAGCAAUUUACAGCUGCAUCAUUUUAACUGUUUCAGCUUGGUGUUUUCCAAUCCCUCUUGACAUUCUUUCCAUAUCAAAGCUACUCCCUCUGUCUAACAAUAGUUGUCCACUAUUGACUUGGCACACAUGUUAAAAAAUAAAUAAUAUGGGUAAUUUUACUAUAUUACCCUUCGAAUACAAUUAAUUCAAUGCGUUGAAAAAUGUAUUGGGUAAUGACUAUAACUAAUAACUAAGGGUAAAAUGGGUCGAAGUGGGUAAAUUAUCCAUUGGUUUUCCAAACUGGACAAGUAUUGUUGGACAUCUAUUUUUAGUAACAUGGACUAGUAUUGUUGGAUGGAGGGAGUAGUAUACUAAAACAUUCUUGAAAAUUUAGAUUUCUUUUGAGUUUCUUGUAAGAGUCAGUGAGAAUGUGCUGUCAUUGAGAGGGAGCAGAGGAAGUUACCCAUGGGAGUUGACAAAAUUAGAAGCAUCUUCUAUCUCCAAUUUCUGAUCACCUGCUUAAUUGCUGGUCGCUGCUCAUUAGGUGGUAACAAAUAAUCUGUUAUAUACAAGGCAACGAAGCAGCCAUAAGGGUUUGCUCAGUGAUUUUGUAAACCUAUCUUAGGUUAAAACUGAUGUUUUCUCCCUAGUAGAGUAGUCAAUAGUUCCAGAAACUGUGGCUUCUUAUGCGUUUGAUCUUUUAGGACAAAGAAACUUGAGUAUAUAUCAACUUCACUUUACAUCUUGAAAAGCUUCCUCUUGUCUUUUAAAUUCUUUAGGGGCUACAAAGGUCUUCUCUUAUUAUCGAAGACUUGUGCUGCACUCUGUAAGGUUUUGUUUGAUCAAUUAAAUAACAAUUAUGUGGUCAUUUGAUUGAGUUAUUCUUUUCUAGUCUUACAUUGAAAACUUUUCCUUGGAAAGAUUGAACUAGAUUUUGUUGUGGUUGAUUUGUUACAGUAGGAUUUCUACAGUAGCAGCCAGACUCAAAUUCAUAUUAUCGUAUUAUCGUUAUAUUCAAACAAGCGAAUCGUUGCUGGCACUUUAAAUUAGAAAAAAUCAUGCCGACCAAGCUUGUUCACCUGUAGAAUUACAUAUGCAAGUGCACAAUUGGAAUUGAGUCCCCAUGCCUUCAUUCAUCUGCAUGAAUUUCAAAGAUAAUAGUAUUAAUUUGGGAAGCUGAGGUAGCGGAGUGUUGUCGCACUUUAGGUGGGAGAGGUAGGGGUCCCCAUCUCCUCUCCUCAUUAUUAGUCGUAUUCAGUAAUUGUAUAGUUUCUGGUUAUCAAAAAAGUAAUCGCGUAGUUUCUUUUUCUUCAAUGUAUUUUACUAUUGGUUGCUUCAUUUUCUUUUAUCUUGAUAUUUUGGUGUCAUAAUUUUCUCGCCAUGCUGCUUUGAAUAACUUCUGAUUUAAGCUGAGGGUUUAUCUGAAACAAUCUCUCUACCCCACACAUCUACCCCACACAGGUAUGGGUAAGGUCCGCGUAUAUCUUACCCUUUCUGGGCCCCACUUGUGAGAUAACACUGGGUAUGUUGUUGAGGUUAUUUUUUUUCCUCACUUGAUUUUGGAAAAUCUAUCCCCAUCAUAUGCCCCUCAAUUGAAAGUCAAAGUGAAAGCUAAAUCCCUUAUAUUUGUGCAUAACGGUGUAAUUGAAGUGAGUAAAGUGAUAUUAUUCUUAAAACUGGUAUUCAGUGGGUUUUAUGAGAUUGGAGUGCCUUUCUUUUUUACAUAAUAUCAUGUCUGAGUAUGUCAAUCUCGAAGUGGAUCUCUCCUUGAACUGUUUACUAAGGUUCUUGCUUCACUUUAGAGGUUUCGUUUGAAUUCAGAUGCUGCUUAUCACCCCUCCCCCUUUCUCCCACGUACAAGGGAAAAAAAGAAAAAGAGAUUUCAGAGGAUAACUUGUGUUUGAUGUCCUUCGCUGAAGUUCAUUGAUUGAUUGUUCAACCAGAAGCGUGGAAGUAGUUUUCUUCCAUUGCAAUGUGUAGUGUUUGAAUGUGUAGCUUGAGAUACUGACAAUCUGUUUCAUUUGGGAUGCAGGGAUGUAGAACCUGGGUUUGAUAUCUGAG